AUGGAGAGGCAUGAGAGUGAGGACAAGUACCACUACAUGGAAGAGGAAGAAGGGGACGAGGACGAGCACGAGGAAGAGGAAGCGGAAGAGGAAGAGGUCGACAACGAGGACGAGGUGGAGUCAUGGGUGGCCAUUCAGAAGAAGCGAGUGGAGGCCAAGAAGAGGAAGCGGGCGGACACCAAGAAGAAGAAUCGUGAGAUAGAAGCGUAUUUGGCGCAGCUUGACAAGGAUUACGGGGCCGGGAAGCUUGAUGGCUUCAGUGACAUUCCACUGGCGGAGAAGAAGAAGGCUGCGGAAGAGGAGGAGGUGGACUCGGAAAUGACGAAGAAGAAGAUGGACGUCGGCGCUGGUCCCUCUAAUGUUGGCCCCGGCAAUCCUGGUCCCGUGGCUCCCCUAGCCAUUGGCGCUCCCGCGACGCCAGAGUCAUCGGUGUACUCCUCGGAGGGGUCGACGUAG